AUGUCCCAACAAUACUACCAGCAAGGUCCACAACAAGGUUACUACCAACAGGGUCCACCUCAACAGGGGUACUACCAGCAGGCCCCACAACAGCCUGUUUACGUGCAGCAGGCUCCACCAAAGGAGGAAAGCAGUUGUUGGAGCACAUGUUGCAAAGUGAUGCUGUGCUGUUGCAUUUUGGAAAUGUGUUGUAGCUAA